AUUUAUUACCAAGGCGGCAUUUAUAUAUAUAUAAAGACAAAAAAAAAUAUGUAACAAAUGUUGAGUAUUUUAUAAAAUAUAUUUAAUAUCUCGUCGAAAGAGUGAAUACGAAGGAGCGCAGCUGCUAGAGUGGAUGAUGUUUAGACAAAAUUACUGUCGAUAAAAUUGGUUUUAGGGUUUUUCUUAGCUCCUGAUGUAAUAUAAUGGCGAUGCUUUGUUUAGCAGGGUACACAAAGCUUGUAAGAAUACCCAUAGCAAAUUGAUCGGUUGGACUAUACCAGUAGAGGCAGUGUCUGGCUGAUGUGCGAACAACAAAUAAACCAAAAGAGUUAAUAUAAUGUAUGUAUAUAUAUAUAACAUAUAAGAGCUAAUCGUCGUUUUGUUGUCUAUGGGUUUCGCAGUUUUACAGGUACUACUACAGGUUCUAUUCUACUUUCGAUGAGUGAUUUCGCUGUAAAAAAUCUAUAUAGAUGGAGAUUGAGAUUGAGAUGGAGAUGGAGAAAAGAUUCAAAUGGAAAAAAAUAUUCAAAAUUUUGAAAUGCGGGACGAGAUGCGGGAUAACGCGGGUACACCUGCCGCUGUCUAAUUUAACGAGGACAAACUACAAAAGUCACCGCUGACCAUAAAUAUAUAUGGAUCUACUUCAAUAAAAUGAGAAAAUAAUUGACAUUUGAGUGUCCAGGAAUUUUCAAGGAAUAAUACAAGCGUGACGAUGCCGCAUACGGGUCAAGCUGGAGUUAAUCAACUGGGAGGUGUCUUUGUCAAUGGACGUCCUCUACCAGAUUGUGUAAGACAGCGAAUUGUUCAAUUGGCUCUUGUUGGAGUACGUCCUUGUGAUAUUUCCCGUCAACUUCUCGUUUCUCAUGGAUGUGUUUCCAAGAUAUUAACCCGCUUCUACGAAACUGGAAGCAUUAGACCUGGCAGCAUUGGCGGCAGUAAAACUAAGCAAGUGGCAACACCGACGGUGGUGAAAAAAAUACUUCGAAUGAAGCAAGAGCAGCCGACGAUGUUUGCUUGGGAAAUAAGGGAACAGUUGGCGAGACAAGGUGCCUGUGAUCCACAAAGUUUGCCCUCAGUUUCUUCAGUUAACCGGAUUUUGAGAGGAGGUGGAUUGCAUACGGAUCAUCCUAUUGAUGCUGGAUCAUCUGCUAGCUAUCAGGGACAUGUAUCAGGAAAUCCGGAAUCCAGAGAAGCCCUCAUGAGAACGGAUUAUCAGCUAUUUUAUCCUGGAUCACUUGGUCCACUUCACAUCUCCACGAAUGGAUCAACUCCCGGAUCUGGCGCACCCACGUGGAAUCCUGGAUUUUAUUCCUCACUCUAUCAAGCGACGACUCUGCACUUGCAUCAUGGAAUGCAGUCAUUUACAUCACUGGAAACUGAGCGACUUUCUGAGCAACAAAACAGUCAGAGCCAGGAAUUAAAGUCAAGUAGCAGCAGCUCAAUGGCCGGAAGUGACGACUCUCUUGACAAAAGUGACCUGGAUGACAAUAACGAGUCAUCGCAAGACUUUAAAUCUUUUCAAAACUCGCCGAUUAUUUUGGAACUCGGGCAAAAAAUAGGCAGUGACCGAAGCGCGUUUUCGCGUCACGGAACACCAAAUUCCUCGACGAGUAUCACGUUUGACAGCAGUUCUCAAAGUCCACGAUGUAUAACAGUCACCACAAGUACCACGAGUUCAAAAGACAGUUGUCAGGAUAAGAAAACAAGAGAAAUUACUGACAAUCAAAGAGAUUCCGGUACUGUCACCGAUCAAAUUACUGCUGAAAAUAAUUUACAACCGGUUGUUCCGCCGCAAAGAAAGCGAAACCCAUACUCGAUAGAAGAGCUACUUAAAAAAGAUGAAAAUCAUCUUAUGACCAACAAGAGACGGCUUAUUGACACUGGUGUUGUUCAACCAUGUGGAAUUAUUGUCGGUAAAGAAGGCUAAUUACUUAUGACCCGACUCAUGACAAAAAAAAAGAACAACACAUUGAUAACAAGUGUUAGAAUUUUUAUUUUAUUUAAAAAAAAAAUUGUAGUAAUGUAAAUUAUAAGUACAUGUAAUAUUUAAGGUAAAUAUGUAGAUUUUAGUUAAAUUAUUAUUUAAAAUAAUAUUAUUAUUAUUAAAUUAAAUAAUUUAAUAUGAUAUUUAAAUCAGUUGCUGCUAUAUAACUAGAAAAUUUGAAUGUAAAUAAACAAUACUCAUUAAUAUAAGUACCUAUAUAUAUAUUAGGGUGGGUCAAAAAAAUCGAAUAUUUUUUUCACCAGUGUCACUGGAAAAUUGGUUGCUAGACACCUCUGGAAAACUCUCACCAAAAAUAAGCUUUUAAUUUCGAUAGGAAGGUCCUCCGCAUUACAGUUUUCGAUUUUUUUCUGUCCAAUAAAAAAAAAUUCUCUCACUCAUUAAUUGAUCGUACAGCAAAAAUUUAUAUACUAUUUUGUAGGAAAUUGAACGCUCUACAAAAAAGGUUUCUUACAUUUUUAUCGUAAAUUUCACCGUUUAAAAAAUAUUAAAGAUUUAAGUUUGAUUAUUUUAAGAUACAUUUGUUUUUUGCCUAUGAAAUUUAUAACUCAUGAAUAAAUAAGGAUUAUGAAAUGGGCAAUGCAUGUUUUUGUAGACGUAAUAAUAAAUUUUUAGAAGUGAUACGGAUUUACUAGACGAAAAAUUCAUGAUGAAAGUCAUAUUUGUAUCAUGGUCUGAGUUUCGUGAUGAAAUUCAGAUCUAAAUUCAUUAGGAACAAAAAUUCUUUUUCACACGGGACGCCUGAAGAAGUGUCAAUAAAGAUACGAAAAGUCGCGAAAUAAUAAACAAUCUUAAGUUGUUAUUUUUAUCCUACAACCUCUCAAUCAACAAUAUACUAUUUAUCUAAGGACCUUACACCACAAAAUGUAUUAGUGUUAAAGAAAAAAAAUGUUCAAUUAGUCAUAAGUAGGGCGAGGAAUUUUGCUUUGAUUUAAAAAUGACAAUUAAUAAUUGAUGGUCUCAAAUUUUUGAUAUUAGGGCGGAAAUAUUGGUCGUAUAAAAAAAUUUUUCAAACAAAAGUAGUAGGAAAUUUAAUUUUCUAGAAAAAAUGUCUCUUAUA